AUGUGGCGAAUUUUAGCGACAGUUGCAUUAUGUAAGUUAAUUUGAGUUUAUAUGCAAAUUUAUAUCAUAAAUAUUAUAUUAUCAUGAACUCUAUUUUUAUUGUCACUGCGGACAUAAAACACAUUCGUACAGUAAGCUUUAUCAUAAUAAAGUUUUUUUAGUAUUUAAUGUAAGCGGUGAAGAUGUAGGGCUCUUUUACACUGUAAACCCUCAAAUACCGCCUUCUGAAGUCAGUAGCGAGCCUCAUCCUGGCGUUCGGGAAUGUAACAAGUACCAGCUGGAAUACUGUGAGGUAACUAUGUUUGUUUACAGCUUUUUUUUAUAAAUCAAGUUUAAAUCAUUAGUUUAUUUGAUUUUAUUAUCAUUCUAUGUAAAUCGUACUAUAGUUAUGUAAACUUAAUAAUGUUUUAAGUCUCAACUAGCAAUUCACCUCGGCAUCGACAAGGAUCUAUUCAAAAAGCCAGUCGAGCUUGUGAGAGAAGUUGAAAAGAUCAUCUUCCACAAUGUAAGCCAAUACAAAUUAUUUUUAUAAACCAAUUAUUGUUUUUUUGUUUACAUACAUUACAUCUAUAAAUUCUGAUCUAACUUUCUACAAAUUUGGUACGUUUAGGGAAACACUGGUAUUCUGAACGUCUGCAAAGCCAGGACCGACUUCCAUACCUGUUUGGGAAGCGACUAUGCUGCUUGUACUGACCUAUUCAACAUCCUCAAGUUCCAAGGGCUCACUGGAAGAGAUGCCUUCAUUCUGGCCGACUUCUAUGACAAUAUGGACUUUGACUGUAACGGGGGCUUCUUACGUACGUUAAUGUAGAAAGAAAGAAGUUUAAAAAAAAAAUAGAAAAGGGUUGUUCAUGUUUAUAUAAUACUUGAUUUUUUUAAGUUUUAUCUUGGGAUUCUAUACUUAACUUCAUUACGGUAUAAUUGUAUGACAGAGUAUCAUCUUGUAAAACCCAAAUGUUACAGAAGGAAUCCGCCACUGGUCGUGCAUUGAAAAGACUCACUUGUCCGACAACUACAAGAAACAUACUGAAGAGUGCUUCAAGCAGUACAACGAGACCGUGCACAAGAAUCCCCAUCUGUACUGUCAAGCCGCCGAAAGCUUCAGCUUCUGCCAAGCCAUGGUCUACGCUUCGGAUGAAGAUUGUCAAGGUAGAGAGGUGAGUGUAAUAUCAGAACUAAUUAUGUUAGAGUAAAAUGUAUUUAAAGUAACACAUUAGUGCGAUUACAGGGUAUCAUUUAUCUCAUCCUAAUAUAUUUUUAUUCAGCUUCUUUGGUGGGAGUGUGAAAGAACGUUGAGAAGAGCCCAACUAGAUGGAUACUGUAGCCGCUCUUCAUGUGCCAAGGUAUUCGAGGAGCUUCGUGGUAUUAAGUCACAAGCACAACCAGUCGAGAAGAAGUUCACUCUCAGUACUCGUAAGUUUUUCAGUACUAAUUCAUCUUUGUAGCUAUUGUUCGAAAAAGAUUUUGUCUGUAAAUACAAAAAUCAUGCUAAACAUUACUGUAGCUUAACGUCAUCUUUCAGUUCAUCGCAAACUUCUGGCCGAUGCUGACAGAAAGCACAAGGAAAUGUUGAAUUAA